AUGGGAGCAUUUGAAAGAGGUCAGCAGUCAUUCAGUCCUUCUCCAAGCCCCAAACAGCUCGAAAUGGAAACUCUCAGCAAGUUCCCCAGUGGGGGAUCCCUGCUUCAGGGAGACCUGGCGGGCUGUGAACCAGGAGAUUCAGCUCCCACGCACUCCUGCCCACAGCACCUUCUCAGGGUGGGGAAAGGGAGUGGCUGGGAUAAACCCUGUUCUAGCCAUAGCCAGGUGGCAUACCACUCCUCGGGAAUCACAGCCAACUGGAAAAACAGAGAACUGAACAAGGCAAGAGGACGACUUAACAAUGGUAUCCCCCAGGUUCCAGUGAAAAGAGGAGAAUCGGAGUUUGAUUCCUUCAGACAGUCACUGCCAGUUUUUGAAAAACAGGAAGAAAUUGUCAGAAUAAUAAAGGACAAUAAAGUUGUUUUGAUUGUAGGAGAGACUGGAUCAGGAAAAACUACUCAAAUCCCUCAGUUCCUUCUUGAUGACUGUUACAAAAAUGGAACUCCCUGUCGGAUAUUUUGCACUCAGCCAAGACGUUUGGCAGCUGUUGCUGUGGCUGAAAGAGUGGCAGCAGAAAGAAGAGAAAAGAUUGGCCAGACAGUUGGUUAUCAGAUCCGAUUAGAAAGCAGGGUUUCUCCAAAGACACUGUUAACAUUUUGCACUAAUGGCAUGCUACUUCGCACGCUAAUGGCAGGAGACAGCACUUUAUGGACAGUGACACAUGUUAUUGUGGAUGAAGUGCAUGAGAGGGAUAGAUUCAGUGACUUCUUGUUAAUAAAACUGAGAGAUGUGUUGCAAGACCAGCCUAAUUUAAAACUAAUUAUUUCAAGUGCUGCUCUAGAUGCAAAUCUCUUUAUUAGGUAUUUUGGAAGUUGCCCAGUAAUACACAUACAAGGAAGACCCUUUGAAGUUAAAGAGAUGUUUUUGGAGGACAUUUUACGAAGCACUGGGUAUACAAACAAAGAGAUGGUAAAGUACAAAAAAGAGAAACAGCGAGAAGAAAACCAGCAAAGCACUCUUACAGAGUGGUGUUCUGCUCAAGAAAAUAAUAUCAAAACGAAAUCUCCGAGACAAAGAUCUGUCCCAAGUGCAACUGAGGAGUGUAAUCUGUUGGAUGAUGGUGGUGACACAGUAUUUAAUCAACUGACUGAGAAAGAUGGGAAUUGCCUUGAGCCAUGGCUAAUAAAAGAAAUGGAUUCUUGUCUUUCUGACAUCUGGUUACAUAAAGAUGUUGAUUCCUUUGCUCAGGUGUUCCAUCUCAUUUUAACUGAAAAUGUCAGUGUUGACUAUAGGCAUAGUGAAACCAGUGUGACUGCACUAAUGAUUGCUUCAGGGAGAGGCUUUCUGAGUCAAGUAGAACAACUGAUCGGUAUGGGAGCAAGUAUCCACUGCAAGUCAUCCAAUGGCUGGAUGGCUGUGGACUGGGCUAAGCGCUUUGGACAGACAGAGGUUGUUGACCUAUUGGAGUCUUACAGUUCUUCCCUGGAAUUUGGAAAUCUGGAUGAAAGUUCCCUGGUCCAAACAAGUGGUAGUGACCUUAGUGCAGAGGACAGAGAACUGUUAAAAGCUUAUCAUCACAGUUUUGAUGAUGAAAAAGUGGAUCUAGACCUGAUUAUGCACUUACUUUAUAACAUCUGUCAUAGUUAUGAUGCUGGAGCAAUUUUAGUAUUUCUUCCUGGAUAUGAUGAGAUAGUUAGCCUGAGGGACCGUAUUCUUUCUGAUGACAAGAGAUUUGCUGAUAAUGCUCACAGGUACCAAGUUUUCAUGCUUCAUUCAAAUAUGCAGACUUUGGAUCAGAAGAAGGUGCUUAAAAGUCCACCUUCUGGCGUCCGCAAAAUAAUUCUUUCAACUAAUAUUGCAGAAACCAGCAUAACAGUCAAUGAUGUUGUGUUUGUCAUAGACUCGGGCAAGAUGAAAGAGAAGUCUUUUGAUGCACUGAGUUGUGUUACAAUGCUAAAAAUGGUGUGGAUUUCAAAAGCCAGUGCUAUCCAGAGAAAAGGCAGGGCUGGGCGCUGUAAGCCUGGAGUCUGUUUUCAUCUCUUCAGCAGGCUCCGAUUUCAGAAUAUGUUGGAUUUUCAGACUCCAGAACUUCUAAGAAUGCCACUUCAGGAACUUUGUUUACACACAAAACUUCUGGCUCCAAUUAAUUGUCCAAUUGUUGACUUUCUUAUGAAAGCUCCUGAUCCUCCACCAGCUUUAAUUGUGAGAAAUGCUGUGCAAAUGCUUAAGACAAUAGAUGCCAUGGAACCUUGGGAAGAUCUCACUGAACUUGGUUAUCAUCUCACUGAAUUACCAGUAGAGCCACACCUUGGUAAAAUGGUGUUGUGCGCUGUUAUUUUGAAGUGCCUGGAUCCUAUUCUUACUAUUGCUUGCACUCUUGCAUAUCGAGACCCUUUUGUCUUACCUACGUUGGCCUCUCAAAAGCGGGCAGCGUUGCUGUGUAGAAAACGUUUUACUGCAGGAACAUUUAGUGACCACAUGGCUCUUCUGAGGGUUUUCCAGGCAUGGCAGAAGGCACGCAGUGAUGGCCGGGAGAGAGCCUUCUGUGAAGAGAACUUUCUGUCUCAAGCCACGAUGGAAAUCAUUAUAGGAAUGAGAACACAGUUGCUUGGCCAGCUUAGAGCCUCAGGUUUUGUGAGAGCCAGAGGAGGAGCUGAUAUUAGAGAUGUUAAUACUAACUCUGAAAACUGGGCUGUAGUUAAGGCUGCCUUAGUGGCUGGGAUGUAUCCCAAUCUAGUGCAUGUAGACAGAGAAAGCCUGGUUUUGACUGGAGCAAAGGAGAAGAAAGUGCGAUUUCAUCCUACCUCUGUUCUUAGUCAACCUCACUAUAAAAAGAUUCCCCCAGCAAAUGGGCAAGCUGCAGCCAUCCACGCGCUCCCUACAGACUGGCUUAUAUAUGAUGAAAUGACAAGAGCUCACAGAAUAGCAAAUAUCAGAUGCUGUUCUGUUGUAACACCUGUUACUGUGGCACUCUUCUGUGGGCCAGCUAGGUUACCAAGUAAUGCUUUGCAGGAAGCUUCAUCCUUUCGAGGGGAUGGAGUAUCUGAUGAUAGUGAUAGUGAGGUGGAAGACAAAACAACUGCUAAUUUGGCACUACUGAAGCUAGAUGAAUGGCUGCAUCUUAAACUGGACCCUGAAGCUGCUGGUUUGCUGUUGCAACUCAGACAGAAGUGGCAUAGCUUAUUUUUGCGUCGAAUGCGAGCUCCUUCUAAACCGUGGUGUCAAGUUGACGAAGCAACUGUAAAAGCAAUUGUAGUUGUUUUAAGUGCUGAAGAACAGUCUGCAGGUUUGCAGCAGCCCUCAGGAAUUGGUCAGAGACCAAGACCUAUGACUUCUGAAGACCUUCAUUCAGCAUAUACAUGGAGGUCAACAAACAGUAGAAAAAGCUCAGCAGAAACUGAAUUCUCUGAUGACUCCUCCAGCACUGAAAAAGUUUUAAUGAAAUCUACACCUCCCGCACUUCACCAGCCAAAGAAUUACAAAGAAAAAAACAUUUUGCACUCCAGACGAACUUCAGAUGACAAGUCAGAUCAGUCAUCAGUGAAGUCUACAGACAGCAGUAGCUAUGCUAGCCCCUGUGCUAGUCCUUCUUGUCCAAUAUCUGGAAAGGGUUCCAAGUCUCCUUCACCGAGACCAAAUAUGCCAGUUCGGUACUUUAUAAUGAAAAGUAGCAACUUGCAAAACAUUGAUAUUUCUCAACAGAAGGGUAUGUGGUCAACUACGCCAAGUAAUGAACAAAAACUCAAUAGAGCCUUUUGGGAGAGCAGCAUGGUUUACUUAAUAUUUUCUGUUCAAGGGUCUGGACACUUUCAGGGUUUUGCUAGAAUGGCUUCAGAGAUAGGGUGUGAGAAAAGUCAAGACUGGGGAUCUGAUGGUUUUGGAGGUGUAUUUAAGGUGGAGUGGAUCCAAAAAGAACGGAUUCCUUUUCAGUUUGCACAUCAUUUGCUCAACCCUUGGAAUGACAAUAAGAAAGUACAAAUAAGCAGGGAUGGCCAGGAGCUGGAACCACAAGUUGGAGAGCAGCUGCUACAGCUUUGGGAACAUCUUCCUUUGUCAGGAAAAAUCUCAAGUGACUGA